AUGCGAGCGUUGGACACCAACCGUGACGGUCGCUUGAGCCGCGACGAAUUGCAAUUUGGUCUCCGGGACUUUGGUGUCGACUGCUCGCCGUCUGAAAUCGAUGCCAUCAUGCGUGCGCUGGACCGUGACGGCGACGGGUCGAUUAGCUUUGAUGAGUUUCUCCUCGCACUGCGUGGUCCUAUCGCACCCGCGCGUCUUGCAAUGAUCAACCUCGCGUUCCGAAAGCUCGAUGUCAACGGUGAUGGCGUCGUCACCCUCGACGACGUCCGCGACCUCUACGACCCGUCCAAGCACCCGGCGUUCAUUAGCGGCGAGAAGGCUGCCGACGAUAUCCUUUGCGAGUUCAUGGCGCAGUGGGACACGGACGAGAAGGACGGUGUGAUCACACUCGCCGAGUUUGAGCACUACUACCAGAAUGUGAGCGCGUCGAUCGACGACGAUGCGUACUUCGAGCUCAUGAUUCGGAAUGCGUGGCGCAUUUCCGGUGGCGUUGGCUGGUGCGCCAACUCGGCCAACAAGCGUGUGCUUCACGAAGACGCUGACGGCAACCAACGCGUCGUCGAAGCGACCGUGACGCCACGCCGCGCCCACGAAGAGAAGCAUGCCGACGCCUUUGCAGCGCGACUUUCAGACCCGUUGGCGUACGUCAAGCACGCGCUUUUCGACCCGCCGUGUACCGUCGACGGCCUUGCCCACCGCCUUGGCGCCAACCGCGUCCUCGGCAGUGGGCAAGAGCGCGUGCAUCUCAAGGCCUUUGCCACGGCGUUGUGCAAGCGAGACAAGAUGCUCUCGUCCCGCGACGCCCUCGUGAUUGCCCGCGCCAUGGACGAUUCGGGUGCCUUCUGCGUCCGCCAUAACUCUAUCGAUCUGCAACGUCAGGGGUAG